AUGGAAUUGGAGGCUGAUCAUCAAAAUGGGAUCCGAAGCAGACCCAAUUUCCCCCUGCAGCUGUUAGAGAAAAAGGACGUUGAUGACGUCACAGAACAACCUUGUUCCACCACUACGAGGGACAGCGUCGUAACUGCAACUACUGUUACUACUACUUCUGCUACUAAUAACAACCUCCACUUGGCGGAGCAGCCCAAAAAGCCUCCUCCAAAGCGGACUUCCACCAAGGACCGCCACACCAAGGUCGAUGGCCGAGGCCGUCGGAUCCGCAUGCCCGCAGCCUGCGCUGCCAGAGUCUUCCAGCUCACGCGUGAACUCGGACACAAGUCUGACGGUGAGACCAUCGAGUGGCUCCUUCAGCAGGCGGAGCCGGCGGUCAUCGCUGCCACCGGUACCGGCACCAUUCCUGCCAACUUCACCUCCCUCAACAUCUCCCUCCGCAGUUCCGGCUCCACCAUGUCGGCGCCGUCCCACUACUUUCGCGGAAACUACUUCAACCCUAGCACGUUCUCCACCUCAGCUGCCGCCGCUGCGGCAGCGGCGCAGCUAAGAAACCGUACCGAGUGGGACCGGAACAUGAGCAUGCUGAUGGAGGAUUCUCGUAGGAGCAUGUUGGAGAACACUUCUUCCAUCUCCGCAAUUUUGAAUUUCAACCCUAUGGGUAACGUUAAUGUAAUUCAACAAGCGAAACAAGAGCUUCGAGAAGAAUCCGGUGGCGGCGGAAGCGGUCUUGAAUCGAUGGCUUCGGAUUCUGAUGGAAGCCUGGGGAGAAAGAGAAGGCCAGAACAAGAACUAUCACAAAUGGGAAGCUAUUUGAUACAAUCGAGCACAGGGUCGCUUCCGGCGAGCCACGCUUCCAAUACGGCCGCGUUUUGGAUGGUGGCGGGUCACGGUAACCAAUCCAUGAGUGGUAGUGGUGGUGGCGGCGGCGCGGCCAAUGGUAACGAUAAUCCCAUUUGGGCAAUUCCCUCUGUUGGGAACAGUGGGGUAUAUAGAGGAGCUAUGUCUGCCCCAGGUGGCAUUCAUUUCAUGAAUUUUGCUUCUCCCAUGCCCCUUAUGCCCGGCGGUCAGCUAGGUUCAGGCAUGGUUGGUGGUGGCGGCGGUGGCGGUAGCGGUGGCGCUCAAUUUCUAAGUGAAAGUAACUUAGGCAUGCUUGCGGCACUUAAUGCCUACAGACAGAUUCCGGCGAACGGCGUCUCCGAGUCCCCGGGAAGCGCCGGACAACCUAACACCGGAGAUGACGGACGUGACUCAACCAGUCAACAUUCCCGAGGGUGA